AGCCUUGGGGGGAGGGACAUAACGCAUGUGUGACUGGAGCUAUAACAGAGAACGGAAUAAAGCAGGGGAGAAAGAUCAGGUGUGAAACAUAUAAGAGCAGUGCAAGAGAAAAGAGCUCCAGGAGUACAAGUUAUUGAAAGAGAAGUGCAAAGGUGCAAUAAGAAGAGGAUCAAACAAGAAUACUUUUGUACUACUUCUUUCAACAUGGAAAGACUUGAUAUUCCUGCGCUUUAAAUUUGUUUUUUCACACUACACAUGAAGCCAACGAGUCGUCCAGAGUUGUUUGAUUUUGAAGGCAUCUCUAUGGUCCAUUACUUCACUGACAACUGGGAGAACAUUCAGAACUUCCAGGCAAGACCGGAUGACAUCCUCAUCGCCACUUUUCCCAAAGCAGGGACCACUUGGGUAUCCUACAUUUUGGACCUGCUCUACUUUGGCAAUACAGCGCCUGAGCGCCAGACCUCGCUGCCCAUCUUCUUGCGAGUACCUUUCCUUGAGGGGACAUUUCCUGGGCUGCCUUCAGGGGUGGAGCUGACAGACAAGUUGCCCACCACUCCACGCCUCAUCAAAACCCAUCUUCCCGUUCAGCUGGUGCCCAAAUCCUUCUGGGAACAGAACUGCAGGGUUGUCUAUGUAGCUCGCAAUGCCAAAGACAACGCUGUAUCUUAUUAUCACUUUGACCGGAUGAACGUGGGAGAGCCUGAGCCAGGAGACUGGAAUACUUUUCUAAAGAGGUUUAUGGAUGGAAAGAUGGUGUUUGGUCCUUGGUAUGAUCAUGUGUGUGGAUACUGGGAGAAGAAGCAGACGUACUCAAACAUUCACUACAUGUUCUUUGAGGAUAUGGUGGAGGACACUGGGCGUGAAGUAGAGCGCUUGUGCUCCUUCCUUGGUUUAUCGACACCAAUAGAAGAGAGGGAGAGAAUUACGAAAGGCACUCACUUUGAUGCCAUGAAGCAGAACAAUAUGACCAACUACUCUUCAAUCCCAGUCAUGGACUUUAAGAUCUCACCGUUCAUGCGAAAAGGGAAGGUUGGGGAUUGGAAGAACCACUUCACUGUGGCUCAGAAUGAGCAGUUUGAUGAACACUACAAACAGAAGAUGAAGACCACCACCCUCCGAUUCCGACAAGAGAUUUGAGAUUAAUGAAAUCCCUGUAUUGUAAUAUAGACCUAGUUUACUGAAGAAAACUUUUGUGUUUAUGCAUCGUCUUUUGCAGCACAUACUGUAAGACAAAAUGAGGAGAUACUUUGAAGAUACUUAAUCCAAUAAAAGGUAAUUGUUUAGUA